UUCAGAGUCAGUUGUACAAAUAAGAGUACAAGAAAAACAUGUACUCGAUAUCUGGAUUAACGUUUUUAUGUGUUUUGAUAAUAAAUGUGUUUAAUACGAGAUGCGAAGACUAUGCCGAGUUCAACCAAAAAGGUGUCUUUGCAACAGUCUUCACUCCCUUCAACGAUGAUGGAAGCGUCAACUACAAAGUCAUCCCCAAAAUCGCGACCUAUCUGAAGUAUAACGGGAUUGAUGGAGUUGUUGUCGCGGAUACGCCAGGAGAGGGACCGAACUUGAACCUUUGUGAGACGAAGAAACUUCUUGACUCUUGGACAACUGCUGGGAGGCCCUUAGGAUUGAAGGUGGUCGCCCAAAUCGGAGGAAGCGCUCUGCCUGUCAUCAUCUCCUUAGCAAAAUACGCAGCAAACCUUCAAGUAGACGCCCUGCUCGUUCUACCAACUCCUUACUACAAACCUGAAGACGCUUUGCAACUGGUCAGUCUUCUGGAACUAGUUGCUAAGGCAGCGCCUUCACUGCCUAUCAUCUACAAUGAUUCACACUUAUCUGGAUUGAAUGUUGACAUGGUGAGCUUCUUUAAGCUGGCUUCAGAAAGGAUACCACAAUUCAAAGGACUGAAGACAAAACUCGAAGUGGCUCUCAACGUAAAAUCGUCAAACAAUUUGAGAGAAAAUCAGAACAUAUACAUAUCGGAUUACCUUUCCAUAUCAUCGGCACUUCAAGCAGGAUUUGAUACGUUCUUCGACGUGACUGCUAGCGUUUACCCCGAACUGAUCUUGGAGAUAAUAAAAUCGUGUAAAAACUCCGACGACACGGCAGCGAAUGAAGCUCAACAGAAACUAUCACAUCUUACAAAUAAAAUCAUCGCUAAAGGCGGAGUCAUACCAGGCUUAAAAGCAGCUGCCGAAAUCGUUACCGGUUACAAAUUCGGGGACCCCAGACAGCCCCUGCAGCCAGUCUCCCAAGAAGACAAGAAUGAUAUCAAGACCAUCUUAGAAGAAAACGGGUGCAGAAUCUCCGCAUUUUAGUUCUAAUUUUCGAAUCACGAAAAUAAAUUCGCUUGCAAGAUUUA